CAGCGCUGCAAUGAGAGUUAUUAAGAGUGGUUAGAAAGGGGAGCAGUCGGGCUGUUCUAAACUUAGCGUAACCUGAAGCAAGCCAUGAGGUAUCCCCUGGUUCCUCUGGUGAAUGAGCUGACCUUUCCACUGCUUUUCUUCUGGUUCUGUUUGCCUUUUGUAAUGCUGCUGAUCAUCGCCAUUAUCUGGCUACAGCUGCUGCUCAAUGAAGCACAGAUGCCCAGAAUAGAAAAGAUUAAGAAAGAAUCUCCUGAUGAGCCUGAUUCUGACUCUGAAGAUGAACUAACAGAGGAAGAAAACCAAAGUGAUGCAUCCAGUACGGAGAUGCAAGAGGAGUCACAAUCCAGUGGAACUGUGGGAAGACUGAGGCCCAAACCUGCUUAUCUGAGCUUAAAUCCAAAAAGCCAAAAGCAAAGUCUUGCUGUGACCUUGAACAGCUGCUCCCAGAGGCAGAAGAUAAGAUAUUUCCCUACUGAAAAGAGCAUUUUCUGUAACAUCCUGGUGCUGUUUUGCACCUCACUUUCUUCUCUCACAUGGAAAUAUAUCUGCCUGAUGCUCCAGACCUUUAACAUCCUGAGGACUCUACUGCUGCCAUCCUAUCUGGUUACCUAUGUGGCUCAGCUGUUUUCUUUGCUGGGUGAAAAAGCUGGGAAAAUCCUGGGCUCCCUGAGGCUGGAGAGCAGAGCACUGUUGCUUUCAGUCCUGGGAAAGAAACUGCAGCUGAGCCAAGCUCAGAGAAGCACCUCAGGGUGAAAAUAAAGCAGGGAGUCCCAUGGCAAUCCAGGUCAGCACUGGUGACAGCUACUGCAGCGUGGCAGAGGGAGGGGACUGCUCUGGAAAAGAAACCCACUCAAGACUAAGUCAGCACCUACUCAGCUGAUUUCAGAGUGUGACUGCCUAAACGUGAGAUGGAUGGCAGCCAAUUUCUUGUCCAUUCUGCUCCACUCCCACCUCAGAGGGAUAAGCUCCUUUUUUAUAAGGACCAAGCACUCCACCAACAGUAAUCUUUGAUUUCAAAUAAGUUCAAACAGUCUCUCUCUGUAGUAGCUCUUACUGGAUUUUAAAUGCAAUACAGCCAUAGGAUUAUUAUACUUAUAGUCCAAUUAGCACUUUUCUCAUCUGCAACUUGUCAGUUCUCAAAGUAGGAAAUGACUUUUCAACACACAGGUCUAAAAAAAUUAAGCAGGUCUACCUCCAAUUAACAAGAAAUAAUUAAGCCCUCGGCAGAUCCUGAGCAUGCAUGUCCCUGAUUUCCGUUCAGGCUUUGCUUUUCAGCACAGCUGGCAGGCUGAUGUGAGGUAGAGUACAGCCUAGAGAGGCACUCACCAACAGCUUCAUUUAACCAGUUAUUGGAACCACAAGGAGGGUGAGGAGCCUGAGAUGAGCCAUCGCUUUGUAGCCUAAGGGUUUAUCGAGGUGCUGGGUUCUGAACAGAACAGCUGUGUGCUCUUGUGUUGAUGCACACGUUCAAUACACUCUUUUGUUUUCAAGAGGGCCUGAAUUACGAAGUAAUUCAAUGAACACGCUGCCGCUUGUGAAAGGCAUUGUUCCCGCUGCCCAUGUGCGGUGCCUGUCUCUCCAGAGCCUUACACACUGAGCAGCACCAGCCCGCAACAACGAUGAAACCUGCCCUGCUUGUGUUUGCCUUUCCCUCCCCAUCCCCUGAGCCCCGCGUGGCCAAAUAUUUGUCCAUGCUCUUAAAUAAAACUUGUUUG